AUGCAUCAAAGGUCGAGCUUGAUGGGCGACGUCGGCGGUGAUUGCAAAUACGUAUGGGGAAAUGUCGAGUUGCAUCAGGGGAACGCAGACCGGUGGUUCCUUACUCUGUUCUCUCCUUCAUAUGUUCCUUUCUUCCUCCUUCAACGACGAUGCAAAGAGCGGAGUGAGGGAGAAGGAGACGGCUGCUUGAGAUCGGAAAUUAGAUCUAACGGCAGCGACGACAGAGCAUUCUCCUUGUACGGCCAUCGGAGGAGGAGGAGGAGGAAGAUCCUCGUUGCUUGUAGCUUCCCGCUAGACCGUCGUCGUUGA